AUGGCAGGAGGGUCUCUUCUGACACAAGGCCUCGAGCCACUCCUGCGACGCAAGUCCCCGGCCAUCCACGAGAGGCUUAGCGAGUUGUACGAGCUCGACGACGCACUCCAGGCGGCGCAUGUUCAAGCCAUCCGCGACAGUGACCUCGGCGAGGAAGUCGUGACCAAGUACAAAGCCUUUCUGACUUGUCGCGAGCAACUGGUCGCUGAGUUGGAGAAGCAAAAGAUUCCAGUGCCGUGGCAGCUGCGCACGACCAUUGACGAUCUCGAGCUGACGUUGAAGCAGCGAAACGCGUCGCGUUCGAACGAGACUCAAGACCCCACUCAGUCUCCCCCAUCUAUGCAAGUGGCAGUGGCAUUUAUUGGACCGACGCUCGUUGCACUAGCAAUUGCCACGCUGUGGUACCAUUUCAACACCUGA